AUAGGGCUGGCCUUUGCGAUUCUGUCUUCAGUACACCCAGUUUUUGGUUUAUAUGGCUCUUUCUUCCCUGUCAUUAUCUAUGCCAUAUUUGGAAUGGGACAUCAUGUUGCGACAGGAACUUUUGCUUUAACUUCCUUAAUAUCUGCCAGUGCAGUUGAGCGCCUUGUUCCUUCAGUCAGCACUAAUUUGACUGCAAACAAUAAUUCAGGAACUUUGGGCCUAUCGGAGUUUGAAAUGCAGAGGAUUGGAGUUGCAGCAGCAGUUUCGUUCCUAGGAGGAAUCAUUCAGGUAGCGAUGUUUAUGCUGCAGUUGGGCAGUGCUACUUUCUUGUUAACAGAACCAGUGAUAAGCGCGAUGACAACAGGAGCAGCUACACACGUUGUGACUUCACAAGUGAAGUAUCUGCUGGGAAUGAAAAUGCCAUAUAUAUCAGGACCACUAGGAUUUUUCCAGAUUUAUGCCUACAUAUUUGAGAACAUCAGAUCGGUUCAGUUGGAGGCUUUACUUCUCUCCUUGCUGAGCAUUGCAGUGCUCGUUCUUGUUAAAGAACUGAAUGAGAAAUUUCGUAAAAACAUUAAAGUUGUUCUUCCCAUCGAUCUACUUUUGAUAAUUGCUACAUCUGUUGCUUGCUACUAUGCUGAUAUGGAGUACGUCUGCGGGCUAGAAGUUGUGGGACAUAUUCCUGAAGGGUUACCAUCACCGAAAACACCACCCAUGAGUGUCCUGCCUGAAGUAGUCACUGAAGCUUUUGGAGUAGCGCUGGUUGGUUAUGUAGCGUCAUUAGCUCUUGCCCAAGGCUCUGCUAAAAAGUUCAAAUACACUGUGGAUGACAACCAGGAACUUUUGGCUCAUGGCCUCAGCAACGUGAUUCCUUCAUUUUUCUUUUGCAUACCAAGUGCUGCAGCAAUGGGACGGACGGCACUUUUAUACAGUACAGGAGCCAAAACACAGGUGGCUUGCCUUAUCUCUUGUGUAUUAAUUCUUGUGGUGAUGUAUACAAUUGGACCUAUGCUGUACUGGCUGCCUAUGUGUGUUCUAGCAAGCAUUAUUGUUGUGGGCUUGAAGGGGAUGCUAAUGCAGUUCCGUGACUUAAAAAAAUACUGGAAUGUGGAUAAAAUAGACUGGAUCAUAUGGGUUAGUACUUAUGUGUUUACAAUAUGCUUUGCUGCUAACGUGGGACUAUUGUAUGGCGUCGUCUGCACUAUAUUAAUUGUGAUUUUCCGCUUUCCCAGGUGA